CCUCACUUUCUAUUAUGCUUUCUUUACCCUCGCUCUCCAUAAGUGUCUUGUUUCUUCUUUUAAUUUUCAGUGUGUGUGUGAGUUCAUGUUCAUUUUUACCUCUCUUGCUUUCUGCCCAUUACACAAUGAAAAUGGCAUAUUACCAAUCAUCCUUUCCCCUUUGUAGGAAACACCCAUCAUUGCCCCCAACAAUCCUUUUCAACCUUAGAAACCUGAGUUUCUAAGAUAUUCCCUCCCUUCCAUUCUUCCAUUCUUUUCACUUUUUUUUUUUUUUUUGGUUCUUCUUCCUCUUUCUUGUUCUCAUGCCUCCACUCUCACUCUCUCUCAAUUUAAAUAUCUCCCUCUUCCUCACCUUUUCUGCUCCCAUAUCUUCUCCUUCCCUCGCUUCUCCCUUCUUUUCUUUUUUCCAUUUUAAUCCCAUAAAGUCUUGCAAUGGAUCCUUCUUCCACCAACUCUGUCAAUGGCUUCUACUCUUUUCUCACCAGAGGUAUUGACGAUCUCGAACGAGUCUAUCUCUCCAAUAACUUCAUGUCAAUCCAAUUCCUUCAGAGGGCGCUCUCCCUUCUUCGAUCCUGCCACACCCAAUUGACCCUUCUUGUCCAGAAGCUCCAUCUACCCUCCGGUGACAAGUGGCUCGACGAGUACAUGGAUGAAAGCUCCAAGCUUUGGGAAGCCUGUCAUGUACUCAAGUCUGGCAUUUCUGGAAUGGAAAAUUAUUACUCUGCUGGCUUAAACAUCACCACGUCUCUCGAUUCUCAUCCUCGUCUCACCCCACAACUAUCUCGCCAGGUUAUUCGAGCAAUCUCGGGGUGUCGCAGGGAAGCUAUGGGGCUGGGAGAAGAGAACAGAGCUUUAAUCGAGACAAGAAUUCAACCGCUUUCCCUUCGUUUCGAGGAGAAGCUCUCGAUCGAAUCGAAGCUAAACGGAUUCAGCGGGUUCAGGGGAGUCCUGUACGCAAUGAGAAAUGUCAGUUCGCUGUUGCUCUCGAUUCUGCUAUACGGCCUGGUGUAUUGCUGGCCCGAUUCCUCGGAUUUCAUCCUGGGAGGAGAAUACGAGGGACGCUUGUUCCUGGGAUCGGCGUUCAUGAUUUCGGCGGCGAGGUUACAGCAGAGAGUGGCGGCGGAGAUCGGCCAGUGCAAUGGGGCGCCGGGCGUUUUAUUGUACGAGUUCAGAAGAUCACAAGUGACGAUGGAGGAGCUCAGGGGAGAAUUGGAGCGUUGGGGAUCGCAGGGAAUGGUGGUUGAGUGGGAAACAGAGGUUGGCAUGAGAGAGAGAGUGGAGAAUCUAAGAGGGCAUCUUGGGAUGAUGAGAUCUGGAGCAGAGAACAUCAUCGGACAGCUCGACGAUUUCUUUGACGAGAUUGUUGAAGGAAGGAAGAAACUUUUGGACUUGUGUAGCCACAGGUGAUGAGUGAACGAUCAAUGGAAAAAAAAAAAAUAGUUGAAAUUGGAAACUGAAAGAAGAAAGCAACUAUGUAGAGGAAUCAGUUGCCGGGGUUGUCGUAUCUUGUUCCGCCCUUUCCAUUUUUCUUUCUCUCUCGCGCUCCUCUCUCUUUCACUUUCAUUUUCAUUUUCAUUUUCUUCCUUUUUUUUUUUUCUUAACCCCUUUUGAGUUACUACACUUUACCAUAGUUGAGACUUCUGGUGCCAAGUGUUUCCCGCAGCAGGCAGGGGAAAAGAUUCUCAAAUUGAAUGUGGCUCCAUAUAUCUGAGAAGAUACAGGCAGUAGAUUAAUUAUAUUGCAGGAAAAACAAAUUACUAACUUGUUUGCCGAA